GGCUGGAGGCCCGAGUGGAAAGGCAGGGGGCGGGGCGCCCAGGCCUGGCGGGCCCGUGGUUGGGCGUCCCAGCCGCCCCUUGAGGCAUGGGGCGGGGUAGGUGAGGACCUCCUCCCUCAUUCCCUCCUGGGCCGCGCCGCCCCUCUCUCCCGCCCCUCCUCCUCCCUUUCCCACCCCUCGGAGUGGAGCUGCACAUGCGGCUGCUCCCUGUUCUGUCCCGCCCAGCCACCGUCGCUCAGGAACGGGUCCCUGCAGCCCCCAGCCGAUGGCAGGACAGUAGCCGCUUGUCAGGGGUCGUGAAGGGCUGAGGCAGAGGCAGAGGCUCCCGGGCCUCAGAUAGUGGCUGUCUCUGGAGGCCAUGGGCUACCCCGAGGUAGAGCGCAGGGAACCCCUGCCUACAGCAGCGCCAAGGGAGCGGGGCAGCCAGGGCUGCGGCUGUCGCGGGGCCCCUGCUCGGGCGGGCGAAGGGAACAGCUGCCGGCUCUUCCUGGGUUUCUUUGGCCUCUCGCUGGCCCUCCACCUGCUGACGCUGUGCUGCUACCUAGAGUUGCGGUCCGAAUUGCGGCGGGAACGGGGAACCGAGUCCCGCCUCAGCGGCCCGGGUGCUCCUGGCACCUCUGGCACCCUAAGCAGCCCUGGUAGCCUCGACCCUGUGGGUCCCAUCACCCGCCACCUCGGGCAGCCGCCCUUUCCACAGCAGCCUUUGGAACCAGGAGAAGAUCCACUCCCCCCUGACUCCCAGGACCGGCACCAGAUGGCCCUCCUGAAUUUCUUCUUUCCUGAUGAAAAGGCAUAUUCUGAAGAGGAAAGUAGGCGUGUUCGCCGCAAUAAAAGAAGCAAAAGUGGUGAAGGAACAGAUGGUCCUGUUAAAAACAAGAAAAAGGGAAAGAAAGCAGGGCCCCCUGGGCCCAAUGGCCCCCCUGGACCUCCGGGACCUCCAGGACCCCAGGGACCUCCAGGGAUUCCAGGAAUUCCUGGAAUUCCAGGAACAACUGUUAUGGGACCUCCUGGCCCUCCUGGACCUCCUGGUCCUCAAGGACCCCCUGGCCUCCAAGGACCUUCUGGUGCUGCUGAUAAAACUGGAACGCGAGAAAACCAGCCAGCUGUGGUACAUCUGCAGGGCCAAGGGUCAGCAAUUCAAGUCAAGAAUGGUGGAGUGCUCAAUGACUGGUCCCGCAUCACUAUGAACCCCAAGGUGUUUAAGCUACAUCCCCGCAGCGGGGAGCUGGAGGUACUGGUGGACGGCACCUACUUCAUCUAUAGUCAGGUAGAAGUGUACUACAUCAACUUCACUGACUUUGCCAGCUACGAGGUGGUGGUGGAUGAGAAGCCCUUCCUGCAGUGCACCCGCAGCAUUGAGACAGGAAAGACCAACUACAACACUUGCUAUACUGCAGGCGUGUGCCUCCUCAAGGCCAGGCAGAAAAUUGCCGUGAAGAUGGUGCACGCUGACAUCUCUAUCAAUAUGAGCAAGCACACCACCUUCUUUGGGGCCAUCAGGCUGGGCGAAGCCCCUGCAUCCUAGAUUCUCCCAUUCCAUCCUGGCCCUUACCCCUGCCCCAGGUUUGGGAGCCAGGACUCCCAGAACCUCUAAGUGCUGCUGCGGAAUGAGGUGUAUUGGCAUUGCAGCCACAGAGAAAAAUGCCCCAGUGCUAUUUAUUCCCCAGUGACUCCAGGAUGACAAGGCCUACCUGACUUCCCAGAAUGACCUUGAGUUGCCAGGACAGUUGAUGAAGCCCCAGGGUUUUCAGGAAGCAGAGCCUUUUUAGGCUACCUGCUGAUUGACUUGUGGUGAC